CACAAUACGUGUUGGGUAGGUUAGGUUAUAUCUUGUCGUCUGCUGCUUUCCAGCGUGUCUAGUAUACAGUUCGAAGUAACUUUUUUUUCUAUUCAAAAUGCUGAAGUCCGCUUUAAGCGUGUUAAAAUUUCCACUGUUGGCUGACAGAAUGUGCGUUGAUUUAAAAUCCGGAGUAAGAAAAUUAAAUAGUUCGUCGACAAUUGCAAGAACCCUGCACAGCACUGCAUCUUGUCAGAAAUUGAACGACGACAGGAAAAACAUGAUGUCAAUUUUGCCUGCAAAAGAUCAGGGAACUGAUGGUGAGAAAAUCAUCAACAUCGAUUCUUUGAAUAUUGUCGAGGAUAUGUUUCCAACACCUGAAACUCCAAAUAAACUUUUUAACGGUAUACCGUUUAAAGAUAUACCGAUAUGUAAUGUCAAAGUAUCUCCGAAUAACACAAUUAUAUGUUUAACCGAUAGUCAGGGAAAUGUUAAAAUGCUGCACAGUUGCGGUAGAGAGGGUUUUAAAAAUACUAGAAAGGGAACAAAUAUAGCAGCGCAAGCUACCGCCAUCAGUUUAGGUUCACGAGCUAUUGGUGAGGGUAUUAAAUCAGUCAGAGUUAAGAUAUCUGGUCUUGGUCCAGGCAGAAUGUCUGCCGUAAAGGGUCUACAAAUGGGCGGUCUUAAUAUAAUCUCUAUAACUGAUGCUACUCCUGUUUCGUGGAAUCCACCGAGACCAAGAAAGCCAAAAAGAUUGUAAAAAUAUGUAGUCAUUAUUAAUGAUUGCAUUUUAGAUAUAUCGAUAUUAGUUAGUGGUAAGAAAACAUUAAAAAUUAUGUUUAAAAGUCAAAAA